CUGAAUGUAAACAAUGUGACAAGAUGGAACAUUCCACUGCUGGAAGUGAAAAAUGUGUCCCAAAAAACAUGGAGUACUUAAAAUGGGAUGACAGUUUUGUAAUUGUACUGGUAUUUUUUGAUGUAGUUGGAUUCAUCACCACACUCAUAGCAGCUGUUAUCUUUACUGUUUAUUUUAACACGCCUGUAGUGAAGUCUGCUGGGGGUUAUCUUUGUUAUAUUAUGUUUGCUUCGCUUUUGGUUAGUUUUGGUAGUAUUUUUGCAUUUAUUGCGAAACCUACGACCACUUCAUGUCUAAUCAGCUAUCCGCUUUUUGCCAUCAGCUUUGCCCUUUGUGUGUCUUGCAUUUUAGCAAACCUGAUUCAAAUAUUUGUGGGCUUCACAUUUGAAAAAUCAAGGAAUGAGAAAUUGCAAAGGUUUAACAAUCCACUGUUCGUUGUAAUUGUUUGCACUGGCCUCCAGGUAUUUUUUUGUACAUUAUGUCUUGUUGUAAGCCCACCUUACAUUUACAAUAAUCUGGACACCUUUCAAAAUUAUAUUUUAAUAGAAUGUAAGCUAGAAUCUAUGAUCACUGUUUGGGCAGUAAUUGGAUAUAUGGCAUUGCUUGCUACCGUUUGCUUUAUUUUUGCUUUCAAAGGAAGACAUCUACCAGAUCUGUAUAAAAAUGCAAAAUAUAUUUCAUUAAGCAUGCUUAUUUACUUUGUAGUGUGGGCCAUUUUUAUUCCAGUACGUCUCACUGUGCAUGGGAUGUAUAUCCCUGCAGGUGAAGGUUUUGCAAGUUUACUGUCCAGCUAUAGCAUUCUGUGCUGUCAUUUCUGUCCCAAAUGUUAUAUCAUUCUCUUCAACAAAGAACUAAAUAAUGAAAAGGCAAUUGUGGACAAUAUCAGAAAUCACUUUGAAAACAAGGGCAAAUUACCCAUUGCUUCCAAAAACUAAGCUCCAGAAAUAGGAAGAAAAAAAAUCGGCAAAGGUGAUGUGCAUUGUGAAGGAACAGCAUUCCUCCCCACUUAUAUAAUUCAGACAAAUAAUAUAAUUACUUUGGUCUGCAGUGGGGGGUAUCCCAUCAAUUUCUCACUCACUUUUCAUCAACAACAAUUAAUCACCAGCGACAAUUCAUCAUGGACAAUAACACACCGAUUAAGACAACAAUAUAUCAUAAAAUCUGUGCUAAAAACAAAUAGAGAUAUAAUAAAUCAUAAAUAACAGGUACAGUA